AUGGCUUCUAACGGUGUCUCUGGGAGUGUUGCAUUCUCAUUGCUGCUGCUACGAUUUCUGUUUGUAUUGCUGCUACUAACUUGUUCUUCAGCUGUGGGUGUGGGUGAGUGCGAUAAGCCUGCAUCUGUAUUCGUGUUCGGCGAUUCCAACUCGGACACGGGUGGACUCGCCUCUGGACUCGGUUUCCCAAUCAAUUUUCCGAAUGGUCGCACUUUCUUUCACAGAUCCACUGGUCGCUUGUCCGAUGGACGCCUCGUCAUCGACCUACUCUGCCAAAGUUUGAAUAUAAGCUUUUUGACUCCAUACUUGGACGCCUUGUCUGGAUCCACAUUCACAAAUGGAGCAAACUUUGCAGUGGUGGGGUCCUCUACCCUCCCCAAAUAUGUUCCUUUCUCUUUAAAUAUACAGGUCAUGCAGUUCCGGCAUUUUAAAGCUCGUACCCUAGAACUUGUUACCUCAGGAAAUUUGAUCAAUGAUGAGGGCUUCCGGGAUGCACUCUACUUGAUUGAUAUUGGGCAAAACGACCUUGCUGAUUCAUUUUCCAAAAAUCUGUCAUAUGCGCAAGUCAUCAAGAGGAUCCCAGCAAUUAUCACUGAAAUCGAGAAUGCUGUUAAUAAUUUGCAUAAUGAAGGUGCCAGGAAGUUUUGGGUUCACAACACCGGGCCCUUGGGAUGUCUUCCUAAAAUACUUGCACUGGCUCAAAAGAAGGAUCUGGAUUCAUUCGGAUGUCUUUCUAGUUAUAACUCUGCUGCAAGAUUGUUUAAUGAAGCGCUGCAACGUUUGAGUCAGAAACUAAGAACUGAAUUGAAGGAUGCUACUUUAGUCUAUGUUGAUAUUUUUGCCAUUAAGUAUGACCUCAUCACAAAUGCCACCAAAUAUGGUUUCUCAAAUCCAUUGAUGGUAUGCUGCGGUUAUGGAGGUCCUCCUUACAAUUUUGACGUAAGGGUGACAUGUGGUCAACCUGGUUAUCAGGUUUGUGAAGAAGGAUCUCGGUAUGUGAAUUGGGAUGGAAUCCAUCAUACUGAGGCUGCAAAUACAUUGAUAGCUUCUAGGAUACUUUCCAUGGCUUAUUCAACACCACCGACACCUUUUGAUUUCUUCUGCCGCCACUGA